GUCAAACCGGAGCCCGCUCGGGUUACUGUAGUUUCCUCGUUUCUCCUGCUUCCUGACAGCGAGCGGCCGUGCGAAAGAAAAAAAAAAGCAACUCGAAAUUGAAGCACAAUGUCCCACCAGACGGGCAUCCAAGCUGCCGAGGAACUGAAAGAGAUUUUCGCAAAAGCCAGGAACGGGGAUUAUCGGGUCCUCAAGAUUGUGAUCGAAGAUGAGCAGCUGGUCCUGGGCGGCACAAAGAGGGCCGCCAAGACGUGGGACCAGGAGUAUGACGCGAGUGUCCUCCCUCUGCUGGAGGAUGACAUGCCCUCCUACAUUCUCUACAGGCUGGACUCCAGCAACAACCAGGGAUACGAGUGGAUCUUUGUGGCCUGGUCCCCGGACCAUUCGCCUGUGCGGCAGAAGAUGCUGUAUGCUGCUACCAGGGCUACCCUGAAAAAAGAAUUCGGUGGUGGACAUAUUAAAGAUGAGAUUUUUGGUACCGUAAAGGAUGAUGUGUCUUUGAAUGGGUAUAAGAAGUACUUGACCUCCCAGGCUGCUCCUCUGCCCUUGACUGCCGCUGAGGAGGAGCUGAGACAGAUCAAGCUCAAUGAGGUCCAAACGGACAUCAGUGUGGACACCAAGCAGCAGACCCUCCAGGGUGUGGCUUUCCCCAUGGACCACGAGGCCAUUCGCGCUAUCGAGCAGUUCAGGGACAGGAAGCUCAACUACGUGCAACUUGAAAUCGAUUUUGCAAAGGAAAGUAUAAAGCUGUCCAGCACCGCUCCCACGGAAAUUAAAGACUUGCCGAAAAGGAUUCCGAAAGACUCUGCUCGCUACCACUUUUUCCUUUACAAGCACUCCCACGAGGGCGAUUACCUGGAAUCGACAGUUUUCAUCUACUCCAUGCCUGGGUAUAAAUGCAGCAUCAAAGAGAGGAUGCUGUACUCCAGCUGCAAGAGCCCCCUAAUUGACAUGGUUGAAAAUAAUCUUCACAUGGAUAUUGCUAAAAAGCUGGAGAUCGACAGCGGUGAUGAGCUGACCAGUGACUUCCUGUACGAGGAAGUCCACCCCAAGCAACACGCGCACAAGCAGGCCUUCGCUAAACCCAAAGGCCCUGCUGGCAAGAGGGGCGGACGAAGGAUGAUCCGAGGGCCCGGGGAGGGAGAUGAUGAAGAGGACUGAACAGCCCUGCCGUGGUCCGCAAUGGAACAUUCCAAGUAGUGUAAGAAGACAUCAUUUUGAAAUUAAGCAGCCCCCUUAUAAUCUCUUCUGAAUUUCCCCAAAUCAGUGUUAGAUUGAACUAUGCACACAGGAAACACUAAGUGUAGACGUAUGUGAAUUUAUCCUUGUAGGUUGCAAUACAGUAUGUACAUGCAUUAUGAUACAAAAGAAUGUUCUCAGAAUAUUUAGAAAGAUGGGCAAAAUAUUUUAGGUGGUCAGCGCUGAGGUGUGAGGUGUAACAAAAAGCUUAAUGUGUCUUAAAGAGAAUAAAAACGACAGACAAGAAGUGAAACUAAUUAGAUGUUUUCUACAAACAGGGCGAUCUUGUUUUUACAAGAUUUAUUGAACUUUACCAGAACAGCUACAAAGGCAGAAAAUAACAUAACCUUGCUACCAGCAGCUGUCCUGUUAACUGUUUUGUAGUGGUGGAGAAAGGUGCAUUUUUAAAAUAACCAUGGUUUACACACAUUGUCUGCCGAGAGGCUUAUUUUUCUAUCCAUGUGCUGUACACAGGUGUUGUGUUGUGUUGUAAAAGGCCUUGUACCUCAAACGUGUGACAAUGGAUAUCCGUCACCUGUGGUUGAGAGAAUGUCUGUUCUUUUUAGGAGUGCCCCGCCUCUAACACGGCAGGCACAUUUCGCAUAUGCAAUAUGUGUGCGGACCACUGCUUCAGCCUCCCACACUGUGCUGGAGCAAUGCAUGUACUGUGGAGUAGGAGAGCAGGUCUCAGCCUGGAUCCAUGGCUACUGACUCACCAGAGGCAAACCACUCUGUUCUAGGGACCUCCUACCUUACAUAUUUACAUGGUUCUGUUGUCCAAAUAUGAUCCGUCACAAAUGUUUUCUUUUCUAAAAAUCAAUUGUUUA